AAAGCGCACACCGGAAGUUACUUCACCCAUUUCCGCUGUCUUGACAGCACCUCUACUGGUGUACAGUAUUUGGCGUUACAGCCAACUGGCUACUGCCGAGUGUUGAAGGGGGCUGAUAGUCGGGGCUACUCUCCGAGUUCACUCAACAACAUCGAGCUCGCCUCUGUCAGCGGGCUAGCCCCGGACUGCUUUCCCCCGACCCGCUCCAGGGACCGCGGGAGGGCGACGCUCGGCUGUCAGGCUCACGGGGAAGUUGGGCGUAUUGACCACGAAAAUAAGAGAGGCGGCCGCCAUUUGAGCCAGAAAGCAGCAGAAAAAACCACCCGGUCUGUCAGCGGUUACACGACCAUGUCUCCAUCAGUUCCCUUGCAGGAGAUGAUCCGUGCCAUCAGGUCAGCCCGGACCCAGUGUGAGGAGCGGGGGGUCAUCCAGAGGGAGUGUGCAGCCAUCCGGGCGCAGUUCAGACAGACCGACAACGGAGGGCGGUCGCACAACCUGGCAAAGCUCCUCUACGUGCACAUGCUGGGCUACCCGGCUCACUUCGGUCAGGCACGGAAGAGGACGCCUCUGGAGCCGACCCCGGCCUCUGCCCGGGUCCUUUGGAGAGAAGGGACGCCGGCCCUCGGGCAGAAGAGGCGACAGCGUUUUCAUCCAGCUCCUCAUUUGCUCCUCUCCCAGAUGGAGUGCGUUCGUAUGAUCGCCAGCCCUCGAUACAGCGACAAGCGCGUGGGCUACCUGGGAGCCAUGAUGCUGCUGGACGAGAAGCAGGACGCCAGCCUCCUCAUCACCAACUCCAUCAAGAAUGACCUCUCUCAUAGCAACCAGUACGUGCAGUCUCUGGCUCUGUGCACGCUGGCCUGUAUGGGAUCUGCGGAGAUGUGCAGGGAUCUGGCACCAGAGAUAGAACGGCUCCUACGAGCCUCCAACUCCUACAUAAAGAAAAAGGCAGCUUUGUGUGCCGUUCACAUCGUGAGGAAGGUCCAUGAGCUGGGAGAGCUCUUUGCCCCCGCCGCCCGCUCCCUCCUCAGCGAGAAGAACCACGGCGUGCUCCAUGGAGCCGUGGUGCUCAUCACCGAGCUGUGCGAGCGGAACCCAGAAACUCUGGAGCGGUUCAGAAAGACGGUGCCUGAUCUAGUCCAGAUCAUGAAAGGCCUGGUCAUCUCUGGGUAUUCUCCUGACCACGACGUGGCAGGAGUCAGUGAUCCUUUCCUACAGGUGCGCAUCUUGAGGCUCUUGCGGAUCCUCGGGCACAACAAUGAAUCGGCGAGCGACGCCAUGAACGACCUGCUGGCUCAGGUAGCCACCAACACAGACAGCACCAAGACGGUGGGCAACGCUGUGCUGUAUGAGACCGUGCUCACCGUUUUAGACAUCAAGUCAGAGAGCGGCCUCAGAGUUCUGGCUGUGAACAUCCUGGGGAGGUUUCUCCUGAACAACGACAGAAACAUCCGGUAUAUCGCCAUGACGUCUCUUCAAAAGAUAGUGGGGACGGACCACAAUGCCGUGCAGCGCCACCGGGGAACCAUAGUGGACUGCCUGAAGGACCACGACGCGUCCGUGAAGAGGCGUGCCUUGGAGCUCUCCUUGGCUCUCGUGUCGGCCUCCAACAUCCGCUCCAUGAUGAAGGAGCUGCUCCUCUUCCUCUCCUCCUGCCCCGCUGAGCUCAGGGCUCACACCACCAGCGGCAUCUUCAACGCCGCCGAAAGGUAUGCCCCCUCCCAGCGAUGGCACAUAGACACCAUCCUGCAUGUCCUCACCACGGCGGGGGGGGACGUGAGGGAUGAGACGGUGCCCAACCUGAUCCAACUCAUCACCAACACCUCCGAGCUGCACUGUUACACCGUCCACAAGCUGUACCGGGCCCUGCUCACCGACAUAUCCCAGCCAUCUCUGGUCCAGGUGGCGUGCUGGUGUAUUGGAGAGUACGGAGACCUGCUGCUGAGGGGGGAGUGCCAGGAGGCCGAGCCCGCACAGGUCACGGAGGAGGACGUCCUGGACGCCUUGGAAACGGUCCUGCAGUCUCACAUGUCGUCCCCGACAACCAGAGGCUUCGCUCUGACCGCCACCAUGAAGCUGAGCACGCGCAUCACCGACAACGUGGACCGGAUCAGAAGCAUCGUCAGCAUCUACGGCAGCUGCAUGGACGUGGAGCUCCAGCAGAGGGCGGUUGAAUACAAUGCCCUCUUUAAGAAGUACGACCACAUGAGGGCGGCGGUGCUGGAGAGGAUGCCCGUGAUCGAGAAGAACUCGCCGGGUCACACCAACGGGGAGGCCGCGGGGGAGCCCGCCAAGGAGAGCCAGCCCGCCCGGGUCAAGCAGGGAGAGGCCGCGCUGCCCCAGCCGCUGGCCGGCCAGGUGUGUGACCUCCUGGACCUGCUGGGUGGCUCUGAGGAGCCCCUGCGGCCCGCCGCGACGGGAAGCGGCGCAGUGCUGGCGGCCGGGACCCCCCCGGCUGCCGGAGGGGCCCUUCUGGACCUGCUGGGGGGGCUGGAUCCGGCUCCCCUAACAGCAGCCCCCACAGUGACCGUGUACGAGAAGGCCGGCGUGGCGCUGACACUGAGCUGCGAGAGCCAGUCGGACACGGCCCUGACCGCCACACUGGAGGCCUCCAACUCGUCCGACUCGGACAUCAGCGGCUUCACCCUGCAGGCGGCGGUGCCCAAGAGUGUGCAGUUACACAUGAAGGCCCCCAGCAGGGACUCGCUUCCCGCUCGAGGAACAGCAAAAGUGACUCAGGUGGUGGUUCUGAGCAACCCAAACAAGGUCAAUCUAAAAAUGAGGGUCCGCAUCUCUUACACCAGCCAGGGUUCAACCAUCCAGGACACCGUCCAGAUCGACUCCUUCCCUGGUCUCAGUGCUGCUGGACACUGACCAACAUGGCCACGACCAGGAGCAGCCGGACGCUGAGAGCUGCUCCCAGGAAACCCCAACACCUCUUCUGUUUGUUUUUCAUCAGACACACAUGACGAAUAGUUCACCUUUAGGAUUCUGCAGGUAAAAUAUGGAUUAACUAAAGUAUCUGUAGUUUUUAGAGAGGUUUUAAGAACAACAGAUAACAGACUCAGUAACAUAUAGUUUUUUUUUUGUUUUGUUUUUAAGAUUGUGAACUGGAUUUCACACACAUCAGGCGUCCAGUCCCGACCAUAUCUCCACACAAGCAGACUUUAGAUGCGACAUCCCACUUAAAUGAUACAAAGAUGUUACAGCUGCCCGGUUACGUAGCCAUGACAACUCUUAGAACGCUAAUCAUUCAACUACAGCAAUCAUGGUUUGGGUCAGUUUACCAUCAGUGACUUUUCAAGACUACCAGGGACUUUUUUCUUUUUCUUUUUUAAUAAAAAAGCUAUUCUACCAAAAAAAUAUUUAAGGGAAAAAAUAUUUUUGUGCAAGACCUUUUACCAGAUAUCAAAAUCAUAUUCACACAGCAACCUACCGGCAUCUCCAGGGUCCGCAGACUUUUAAAACCCACCGCUGAUUGUAUUUAACAGCUGCAGUAUUCUGUCAGCCGGGUGAGCCACCAUCAUUUCUACUGCAAAAGUUAGGUCCUAGGUAUUUUUAUCUUUAUCCUCUUUGCACUGAUAAAAGUAGAAUACUACCAAGAAAUGAGACACUUCCAACACUACUACUGUUUGUUUUUGUUUUUUUAUUGUAUGUAAUACAAUUAGUCAAUUCUAGAUUGAAGGGCGGGAGAUUUUUUGGACUGCUUUUACUUGCCUGUGUGACAAUUCCAAAUACCCACUUUACACUCCUGAUUCAUUCCCCUGUGCCUUUUAUUAUAUUACUUGUUCUUUUUCAAAUAUAAUUGUGUGUUCUUUGAGGGGAGGGGGGGGCAAGACUAUUUAAAUGUAAAUUAUGCUCGCAAGAUUUCUGGUUUUGAUUCCCAUACAAGCAUCACUUUUCCUGGCAAAAAUAACUAUCUUUUGUUUACAGAUGUAUUUAUGAGGAUUGUGUCUAGUGGUUUGAGGCUAACAAAAAAAAGAAGUCACAGUACUGUCUAUGAAAAUGUUUUUUAAUGUCUAACGUAAGCACAACCAAGACGUGUACGUGUCUGGGAACUCGACACCAGUGGUUGAAUGAAGUGCAUAAUACAAAUUUUAGUGGGAAAACGGCAUGUUAAUACUAAUUUGAUGAAUCAUUGCUGCUCACCAAGCAGUUUAACACUAGAAACAAGAGAAUUAAGGCGAAAUCUGCUCGGCUUUGUGUAUCUACCCUGAUUAAGAUGGGUAGGCCAGAGAGAAUGUUCUGUCCCCUGACUGAAGUGUUCUUGAUUACUCAGUCUUGGAAUAAAAGAAAUACUCAGGAGUGAUGCGCUUUUUGUGUCUGAACUCAUCCGGUGCGUUUCUACUGGAGAACAAGACUUACAGGAAAUCAACUUCAGCAUUUAUUCACAAGCAAAAAGAACACACUGUUCUCAAACUAGCUUUCACAAAGCACUGGUGCCAGCAUGAACUGUUUGAAAUCAGAAAGCCAAUGUGAGUUUACCAAAAAAAAAAAAAAAAAACAUCUAAAAAAAGAAGAAGAACGUUUUUUUUUUUGGAGGGAUGAUUUAG